AUGGUGAAAAAAGUAGAGAAUUCACCUGAAACUCGCUUGAUUUGGUUUGAUGGAGAAAUGACUGGUCUGGAGUUAGACAAAGUCCUGGUCGAGGUGGCCUGUGUGAUUACAGAAGCAGAUUUAACAGUAAGGUCUUUUGAUUGUUUAAUAUUUUUUAGAAGGUGGCGGACUUUGGUCCAAUUGUUAUUCAUCAGAAUGAAGAAACCUUGGAGAAAAUGAACCCUUGGUGUAAGAGGACGUUUAAGAAGAAUGGACUUUUAGAGUUGAUCAAGGAGAGCCAAUAUUCGGAAGAAACAGUCGACAACAUGGUAGGGAAAUUUAUUGACUUGUUUGUUAUGAUUUGUGCUAUUAUAUUUUAUUAUAGUUAAAAGAAUUUUUGAAUAAAAACACGCCUGAAAACAAGUGCCCUCUGGCAGGGAAUUCUGUGGGAAUGGACCGGAUGUUCAUUAACAAAUAUCUCCCACAGACAGCUGGACAUAUCCAUUACAGGACGGUGGAUGUGAGUACUAUCAAAGAAUUAUGUAGACGGUGGCAUCCAGACAUAUACGAGAAGGCGCCGGACAAAAAAAUGA